UCAGAUAGCAGAACUGUCAUCAUCGAUAAUUUUAAGUGAAAUUCGACAUUUUCCAAGUAUAUAACUAAUAAUUAAUAAUGAAUUUGUAUAGUAAUUUGUAGAUAGUUAUAUUAAUUGUAUAAAACAAUGGUUUCCGAAGAGUAUAUCAAAGCCGAAUAUCCAUUACAUUUGUAUGUCUGGAAAAACGAUUACAAAAGUUUAGAAACUUUACUAGCUAAGAAAGAGCAUGAUAAAGAAAAGCGAGACAAUAGGGGGCGUACCCCCUUGAUGCUGGCUGUUACUUUGGGCCAUUUAGAAUCUGCCCGAACGUUACUGAACGCCGAUGCUAAUGUUAAUUGUGAGAAUUUAAAUGGAUGGACCGUUGUGCAAGAAGCAGUUGCCACGGGUGACCCAGAACUGCUGCAUAUGGUGCUCGAACGGAGAGACUUCCAGAGGUAUACCAGUCGUAUGGCUGGUAUACCGGAAUUGCUACAGAGACUUAAGCAGGCUCCCGAUUUUUAUGUGGAAAUGAAAUGGGAAUUUACUAGCUGGGUACCUCUGGUUUCGAGAAUGUGCCCGAGUGACACGUACAAAGUGUACAAACAGGGCUCCAACGUCAGAAUAGACACUACGUUGUUGGGUUUCGACCAUACCAGCUGGCAGAGGGGCAGUAGAAGUUACAUUUUCCAAGGACAUAAUGACGGUGCUACGAUGAUGGAAAUCGACCACGACCUGCAGCAGGUUUAUUGCGAGCAGAUGCGCACCACAGACGACGCUCUGGGAAUAUUGAUACCCAACGAGGACUCCGUUUCGCAACGCUUAACGACCCCCAUAGUCACCACUUACGUGGACACGGAGAAAAUAAGUUUUGAGAGGAAUAAAGCAGGAAUGUGGGGCUGGAGAUCUGACAAGACUGAGGUGAUAAACAGCUACGAAUGUAAAGUGUUCAGCGCGUCUAACGUGGAGUUAAUCACUAAGACGAGGACGGAACAUUUGACGGAAAGCGACAAGGCGAGGAGUAAAAACAGCAAACAUCCCCUGCAGAAUUUCCUGGGCAUUGCCGAGGUCGGGGAAAGCCAAGCCGCCGCUCUCUUACCCAACGAGGAGUUCUCGAAUUCAACCAACCCGUGCAAUAUCACGCCCGAGGAGUACUUCGAUCCAUCAAUAAACCUGGAGGUCCAAGGGAGGGACAUAGGACGUCCCAAGGAAGUUAACGUCAAAGUCCAGAAGUUCAAAGCCAACCUGUGGCUCUGCGAAAAUUAUCCCCUGUCGUUACCCGAGCAAAUUCUUCCGAUCGUAGACCUCAUGGCGAUAUCCAGCUCUCAUUUUGCCAAACUCAAAGAUUUCAUCCAGAUGCAACUGCCGUCGGGAUUUCCCGUCAAAAUAGAAAUCCCACUCUUCCACGUUCUGAACGCGAGAAUCACGUUCGGUAACAUCUUCGCGACGGACACGGCAGUACCGUACGUGGCAAAAAUUCAAGAGGAGGACAGGUUAACCUGCGUUUUGGACGAGCAGAUAUUCAAGUGCCCGGCGGGAUAUUCCCAGAUUGGUAAUGCGGGCGUGGACGGUAGACGUCAGUUCAGCAUGGAGGAGGAAGACGAUCUGCUUCAGUUCGCCAUCCAACAGAGUCUCAUCGAUGCUGGCACGGAAAAGGAAGAGGUCGAUAUAUGGGAAGCUUUGAAGGCCCAGAAGCCGUCGAGGCCCGAAACUCCAAAUUUUGUCGGGGAAGAGGAGCGGCAGUUGCAAAGGGCUAUCCAAGCCAGCUUAGAGCUUUACCAGCAAAACGUCAACUGUCCCGACGCCCUAGACAACAGCAGCCCCGAAGGGGACUCGGACCUGCACAUGGCGUUGCUGCUGUCGCAGCAGGAGCGGGAGAGGGAACGGCAACGCGAGGAGCGGGAACGGCAGCAGGAGCAGCAGCUCCUGGAGGAGAUAUUGCGACUGUCCCUUACGGAGAAGUAACUUACGCAACGCAAUUAUCCAUUUCAUAAGCAAUGAACAUAGUAAUAGAAGUCUUCUAAACAAAAAUUAAUCAAA